CACUGUGAGGCAGCCGCCCUAUGCGUCGCUGAAAAUGUGUCCAUGGUCCUCUCACUCCAGGUUUCUCCACCUCCGUGAAUAUCUGAAGCAAACACAGUUGCAAGGCUCCCGCAGACUCUGUAACUCAUUUACCAGCUGAGUGUAGUAACAGAAUGGCUGCGCUCGGUUGACGUCAACUUUGGAACGUUCCAAGGAAAAAGUUUUGGAGGAAGUAAAAGGAAUGAAUAAUUUGUUUCACCAUAGCAACAGUGGCUUAAAAGGGGCUAGUUUCACAGCAACGUGGAUAGGACUUCAAAUUCAAAGGGCUCAUUCUUAGUGGGAUUAAUGGAUGAGGAGUCAUGGAGGGAACUAUUGAAUCAUACAAUACUACAUCAAGCCCUUCAGCCCACUGAUUCUGACCCACCAUGGAGUCACAGAUGUUGUACCGUGUGUAACAAGGCCUUUCAUACCAAUUGGGGGAAUGAGCAGACGACGUUUCUGUCCGGGAACUUUCCGAUCUUCAGAAGACCCUCUGAAGAAGGGUCUCAACCCAAUACAUUAUCUGCCCAUUCCCACUACAGAUGCUGACUUCUUCCAGCACUUUGUGUUUUGCUCAGGACUCCAACAUCUGCAGUUCCUUGCAUAUAUGGAGUCAUACGGCACAGAAACAGGCCCCUCGGCCCAACUUGCCCAUACAGACCAAGCUUCCCACAUCUACACUGGUCCCGCCUGCCCACCAAACUUUUCCUGUCCACAUACCAGUCCAACAGUCUUUUAAAUGUUGUUAUAGUACCUGCCUCAACUACCUCCUCUGAGGUAUAUAUACCCUCUGUGUGAAAAUGUUGCCUCUCAGAUUGCCCUCUCACCUUAAACAUAUGACCUCUAGCUAAGUUUAGUUUAAUUUAGUUUUGGAGCAGCUUGGAAACGGGCCCUUCGAUUUAGCGAGUCAAUGCCGACCAAUAAUCACCCAUUCACUAGUUCGAUCUGACACUCUAGUGCCAAUUUACAGAAGCCAAUUAACCUCCAAACAUGCACGUCUUCAGAGUGUGGGAGGAAACUGGAGCACGUGGAGAAAACCCACGCGGUGGCAGGGAGAACGUGCAUACUCCACAUAGACGACACCCCUAGUCAGAAUCGAGCCCAGCAACUCUACUUCUAAGCCACUGUGCAGCCUAGAUUCAUUGAUUCUGGUUCUUGAUUCCUCUACCCUGUGUAAAAGCACCUUGGUGUGUCAUGGCACCAAAGAUGGUGAUCUCAUUGUUUUAUGUUGAUGUUUGCAGGAGAGAGGUCCACCUUUCGGCCAUCCAUCGUCAGAUGCAAAUCCUCUCCGCCCCGUAGACUGAGUUGUUGCCUGGUGCGGGCGGCACCAUGGUCCUCGCUGUGCAUCUACUGGCAUGUAUAUUCGGCAUGGGCUCAUGGAUCGCCAUCAAUGGGCUUUGGGUGGAGUUGCCACUCAUUGUCAACGUGUUGCCUGAAGGUUGGGACCUACCAUCCUACCUCACCAUCAUCAUCCAACUGGCCAACGUGGGGCCUCUGUCCGUCACCCUCAUGCACAAGUUUGCACCGGGGAAGUUGAAGGAGGUCGUCGCCAUUUACGUCAUCCUGAGCAUCGGCCUCUUGGCCAGCUUGUUGUUGGUCUUCUUGUGGAAGGAAACAACGCUCCUGGCGGGCCAACUCCACAGCACAGCCUUUCUGAUAUUGACCUUUUUCUUAUCCCUGGUGGACUGCACGUCCUCAGUGACCUUCCUCCCCUUCAUGAUGAGGCUCCACACAAGGUACAUGACCACUUACUUCAUUGGGGAGGGCCUGAGUGGUUUUGUCCCGGGUUUGGUGGCAAUCGGCCAGGGGGCCGGGAUGAUCAAGUGCGUCAACAUCUCGAAGGCGGACAACGGGACCACCGGGAACCUCACCGCCGGCGCCGGCCUCCACCAGGUGGAAACACACUACGUGCAGGCCAACUUCACCACCGAGACCUUCCUGGCCUUCCUCACGGUCAUGAUGGUCGUCUGCCUGGUGGCUUUUGUUCUCCUCACUCGUGUGGCCCUGCUACCCCGCGGGAGGCCUGGCGACGAGCGAACCUCCGCUCGAGUAGUGCCCGUAUCCACCGUCGAACGGGAAAUGAGCAAAUACGUCCCCAAGGGACCGGGUGAUGUCCAAGACCCCAGUCUGAUGAACCUUCAGAAGCAGGCGGUAGUGGAAACGCAAAGCCUGACAGCGACAAAGCUCAGUGGGUAUUCCAGGCACCAGCUUCUGUUCCUCUACCUACUGGUGCUCUGGGUGAAUUCAUUGACCAACGGGUUCCUUCCCUCAGUGCAGAGCUAUUCGUGUUUGCCCUACGGUAACACUGCCUACCAUCUCUCUGCUGCCUUAAGCUCCAUGGCUAAUCCCGUCGCCUGCGUCAUCGCUUUGAUCCUGCCCAACAGGUCCUUGGUGCUGUUGGCGUUCCUGUCUGUGCUGGGAACGAUGUUUGGUGCCUAUAACAUGGUAAUGGCCGCUCUGAGUCCCUGCCCCUUACUCGAGCACUCCUCAGCGGGCUCUGCCCUCAUCGUCCUAUCAUGGAUUUUAUUUACUGGGACCCUGUCCUAUGUCAAGGUGAUGACUGGAAUCAUUUUCCGGGAUGAGAGCUACAGCGCCCUGGUGUGGUGUGGAGCUGCAGUGCAGCUUGGCUCCAUGAUUGGAGCAUUGACCAUGUUUCCACUUGUGAAUGUGUAUGAGAUUUUCCAAGCAGGGGACAGCUGCACCACGAACUGCCCCCUCUGACCAAAAACACGGAGCGGUCAGCGAUCCCAGCGGUGAAGGCAGAGCAGUGAACUAUUCCUGCCGCCCACAAACUGACUGUACCUUCGGGACAACGGACUUUACUGUUUCCGAGAGACACCUCACCGCCUCCUUUGGACCCAUCCAUUGUUUCUUUACUUGUCCAGUUGCUAACCUAGAAGCCAAAGUCGCUGGAAAUCUCAAUUUUUAAAAAAGGGUGGCACGGUGGCGCAGUUGGUAGAGCUGCUGCCUCACAGCGCCAGAGAGCCGGGUUCGAUCCGAACCUCGGGUGCUGUCACUGUGUGGAGUUUGCAUGGUCCACAUUCUCCCUGUGACUACGUGGGUUUUGUCCGGGUGCUCCGGUUCCCUCCCACAUCCCAAAGUGUGUAGGGAGUGGAUGAGAAAGUGGAAUAAUGUAGAAAUGGUGUGAAUGGGUGAUCGAUGGUUGGGGUGGAUUGGGUGGGUCAAAGAGCCUGUUUCCAUGCUAGCUCUAAAACUGAAAUGUUGGAAACACUCAGGAGGUCAGGCGGCAUCUGUGGAGAGAAAAACUGUGAAGCGUUAUGCCCCUGC